GGGCCAUCGAUGGUUGUGGCUGAAUAGUUGAAAGUUGUAACUAGCGAGUUUCCGAAAAGUACUUAGCUAUUAUCUUUCGUCUGCAAUCCUGGUUCUAUCGUUAUUAUUAAGGUACAAGGUACAAGCUUCAUUUUCCUUGUUUUCGUGCGUUUUGUGAAAAAUGGAUCCACCGGGAAUUCUGUAUAGCAAGCUCAAGGCUGCAGACCCGUUCUUCCUGCUAGCGGGUCCAAAUGUGAUUGAAUCAGAGGAGCACAUUAUGCGGAUGGCUAAGCACAUAAAGAGUAUUUCAUCUAAGUAUGUAGUUGGAAUACCAUUGGUUUUCAAGUCAAGCUUUGACAAAGCUAACCGAACAUCGUCAAAAUCAUUCCGUGGCCCGGGGAUGGUUGAGGGACUGAAGAUACUUGAGAAGGUUAAAAUAGCCUAUGACAUCCCUAUAGUGACCGACGUGCAUGAGACCAUCCAGUGUGAACCAGUUGGCAGAGUUGCAGAUAUCAUUCAGAUUCCAGCAUUCUUGUGUCGCCAAACAGAUCUUCUAGUUGCAGCAGCCAAAACUGGGAGAAUUGUCAACAUCAAGAAGGGCCAGUUCUGUGCUCCUUCUGUCAUGGCAAAUUCAGCUGAAAAGGUUCGGUUGGCUGGAAAUCCUAAUGUGAUGGUUUGUGAGAGAGGAACUAUGUUUGGCUACAAUGAUUUGAUUGUUGAUCCACGUAACCUGGAGUGGAUGAGAGAAGCCAAUUGUCCUGUUGUAGCUGACAUAACUCACUCACUACAACAGCCUGCUGGAAAGAAGUUGGAUGGGGGAGGUGUAGCAAGUGGAGGUCUUCGAGAACUAAUACCUUGCAUUGCAAGGACAGCAGUUGCUGUCGGAGUGGAUGGGAUCUUCAUGGAGGUGCAUGAUGAUCCACUCAGUGCACCCGUUGAUGGUCCGACACAGUGGCCUCUGCACCACUUGGAGGAGCUACUUGAAGAGCUUGUAGCUAUUUCUAGGGUAAGCAAAGGGAAGCAACGAUUCAACAUUGAUCUCACACCAUUUCGUGAAUAAAAAGAAGGGUGAUGGUUUUCAGUUUAUUCUGGAUAUAAUUUCCUAAGCAUUGGUCUUCUAAGAUUGUUCAAGGUUGAGUGCACAACUGUCUUCAUUUCCUAGCACAAGUUCAAGUGCCUUUAUAAGGAUGGUUUAUCCUAAAGACAUUUUUCAAUGAUGCAUGUUUGUUUCUCCAUAGAAGUAACACUACCAACCGAUGUUUGUCACAGAUCCUGUGUAGCCUUAAUCAUGUCGGUUACUAAAGUUGAGGCAAUUGAUUAAAUAUCAAACUAUAG